CAACUCUCUUCACUUCGCUAUCACUAGCCUGCCUAUCAUACUUAUACCGACAACCUUGGGAUCAUACCAGCAUCUGUGGACACUGGAUUUGGAUCUAUCGACUGCCAUUGGACCUGGAAGGAGGGCUGAGCAUCACUGGCAACACGCGUCAAGAUCUCUCUCAUGUACCUCGCAAUGUCCAUCUGCAUGGCGCUGUGAAUGGGUCUGGCUGUCGUGCCAGGCUCAUGUGAACUGCUCGACUAACCCCCUUUGGAUGAUGCUUCUCUUUCCCUUCAACCUCUGUCUCUGCUGACCAGCCAGCUCUUAGGGCUUAUUCCCCCCUGUACCGUCCUAUCCCUCGGUCCGCCACAAAGUGAUGGACCAAUCUGCAGCGGCACCCCAAGUUGCUGGAUCAUCAAGCUCCUCACAUAUUGGCCUCGAGCAGAACGCCCAAACCUACUUUGAACGUCUUUGGAACAAGCGGUUCAGUGGCCCAGUCCCACUCGAUAGCUCUGCGUCAUUAAGUAGUCGCUGGCCUCAAAGGGAAUCGUCAGGAACUUCCACAGCCAUGUCAUCGCAUAGGCGGCACUUGUCAACUUCAUCUGAAGGCCAUCACGAGUACGCUGGUCCAGCUCAAGGCCCUACCUAUCCUGUAACGUCUGGGCCAUCAUCUACCCAGGCACAUCAAAACACAGUCCCAACCGCUUCUGGCUCUCAAUGGAGAUGUGAGUCCGCAUCCAGCAGCGUGUUCCUGCGCUCCCUGAUCUUCUCUGCAGCGGACUGGACAGAUAAAAGGAAUGGACCUCAAGCGAGACCAGGGUCAACGGAAUGUGUACCGAAGCCUUCCUCCGCAGUCACCUCCCUUCGUUUUAGCCAAUUGUUGGACGCAAAACUGGCUGCCGAGGGACCACAAUCUGGCACCAACGGGACUGGAUCGAUGUUUUAUCCGCCUAUGAAUCCGACCUCGCAGCACUCGGGCACCUGGUCCUCGGCCCGGACUCCAGAUGCCUCUCACUCGGGGCUUAGAAAUCUUCAACAGUCUGCUUGGCCAUUGAAUGCGCCUACAGAUCCAUCUCAAGGCAUCAAUCAGAAACCUACCGCGAGCAGCCACCACAUGGCUCCGACCCAGCAUCUGGCUCGUGACGCGAUGCAAUCACUGGCCUACCAUGCUCAAUCACCCGUUCAUAUCGCCGAGACCACACCUCAUCCUCCCCAAUCCAUCGGAACCCCCCCUACAUGGCCACAAAUGUUUGAACACUCGCCAUACAUGCAGAUGGUCAAUGCGAGCGAGAACAAAGGUCGACCGAUCGGACCCCUUUCCCAGCAGGCUUCUGCUGAGAUGCCCCCCUAUAUGCAAUGGGGAACAGGUGCGGAUCCAAAUUGGUCUAUGGCUGCGAACGGCGUUCCAAGGCCGUGGCAGAAUGAUCAAUCCGGAGAUUUGUCGCAGAACCCGACACCCGCUCCUGUUCCAAUGGCUUCACUGGCUCCGACGCCUACCCUGACCCACAAGACUUCGAGCUCAAUCGACUCGUUAGACCGGGCUCCCAUGACUCCUCCCGUUCUCUUCCCCUUGCAGGGCAACGAACACAUGUAUCCGUCGGCAGAUCCAGCACCUAUGGGUUAUCCCAUGCAUACUGCAUCUGAUGUACCAAGCAAUGGGGACAUCGGCGCUGGAUAUAUCGGCGUCGGACAAAAUCGGAAUGGGUCCGGUUCUGGCUCUGGUGCCAAUGGGGAUGGAGACAUGCCAUCUGGAUUUGGGAAUGAUCAAGGAGAUGACCAUGGGGAUAAUGGAGAGAAUAAUGGUGGGGGUGGCGGCUCUGGAGGUGACGGUCAGGAUGGUGAAAAUGGCGGUCCCCCGACGAGCAGGAAGCGGGUCAAGCUGCCUCUGGCUUGCCACUUUUGUCGUCGGAGGAAAUUAAAGUGCGAUGGUAAACGGCCUGAAUGCGAUAACUGCUUGAAACGUGGCGAGGAGUGCAUUUAUGACGAUCAUGUCAGGCGCCGAGGACCUGGGAAGCGGACCAAGGAGAUGCGAGACAAGGCAGCACGGGAGGCUGUUGAAGCUGGCAUGACCAACCCAAAUUCGGCGGGAGGAAAUGGCAUCGCAGGACCGUCUGAUUUAGACGCUGGAGAUUUUAGUGGUGUUCUGGAAGAAGGCCAUUCGCUCGCUGUGGAUGGGAUCGAUGGACUCGGUCAUCAUCAUGAGUAUGAUGGAGGCGAUGGAGCAGUGAUGGAAGCCAUGGACGCCGUCAUGGGAGCGGGGAUCAACCUCGACAUGGGAUCCGAUGAGGGAGCACUCCAUCACAUGGCUCGAGUGGGAAUUGAAGGCAUCGAGGGCAUGGCGGAUCACUCCAAUUCGUCCGAUUUCUUGGGAUCUGGGUUGACAGGGAUAGGAGUGGGUGGAGGGAAUGGCCAGUCAGCCGGAGCUGGCGCUACUGUCGGAGGAGAGCCUAGUACGCUAGCGGAGCUCAGUAUAGAUCCUUCGCUCAGAGGCAUAGGCGUGGAAGGGAAGGGGAAAAAGAGGAAAUUGGAAAACGAGACGACUGGCUUCGAAGAGGUCACUGCGAAGUUGGAUAGGUCAUGAUGGUGCAAUGGUUUAGAAGAAAAUCACUUCGUUUUCGCUCGCCUUUAUACUUGUCUUGAGAUGUUAUUGUCGGAUAAGCUCGUCCAACAAUGCCCGGAUGGUGGCUUUCGCUGCUCACCAUGGUCGCGCACAUGGGUCAUCAAGGCUGUCUGUCCGUCUGUCAUCAUCUCGGAUCCUAAAACGGU